GAUCUCCGAUGCCGGCCCUGAGUAAAUAAUUUUAAAAUAAAAGAAAACGAGGCCUUGACACGUCGCCUGCGCAAUGAUCAAAUUUCAGGUAUAAUGCCCUCGGACGUUCCAAAGCCUAUCGCAUCCUUAGCGCAUCCAACUGAAAGAUGGGAAGAGCUAUUUCUUGAACAGUUCGCCAUGAAAGAAAAGGCCUCUCUAAAAGCUCGCAUUUCUGAGCUCGAACGAAAGGUUUCCGACUCUGAGCUGAUAAUCAAAAACUUGAAAAAUGAUGACAAACCAAGAUUUAGUUACAGUGAUGAUACGCCUUUGGUUUUAUGCCUGCUAGAUGGCGACAGAUACAUUCCAAGCGAGGAUUAUCUGUCCCAGGGAAGUGAAGGGGGUCGAAAAUUUGCGGCUCGUUUAUCCCAGAAUAUUUUCGCCCACAUCGGGCGGAAGAACGUGCAGCUCGUUACGAUGUCAUACUACAACCACAGAGGGCUUAUGGAUGCACUAAACUCCAGCCGCGCUUGCUACCCUCGUGAAUUCAACGAUUUCGUGAAUGGAUUCAACCAAUCGACACCUUUAUUCACCAUGACCGAUGUUGGGCAUGGCAAGGAGGCAGCGGAUGCUAAGAUUCGAGAUAUGCUGAUACUUUUUGCUCGCCUCCCUCAAACUCGGAGAGUAUACUUCGGAGGUGGCCACGAUGGGGGUUAUGCCACGGUGUUGAGAAGCAUGGACAUUGAAGGAUUACUGGACAAGGUUGUGAUAAUUCAGGGCUACAGUAGGCUUGCCCGUGCCAUAGAAGAUUUAAGAUUGCCUCGACUCGUCAUUGAUGGGUUGUUUCUGCGGUCCCGACUUAACACGAGGGACUACUUUGUUCGACACAGAGGCCGUUCUGCGUCUCCUGGAAACUGGUCACGAUCGUCUGAGUAUGACCGUAGGCUGCCACCCUCUCGCUACAGGCAUCGAUCCCCAUCUCGUCAUUCACAAUCCCUUACUCCCGAUCUCGACAUCUCAAUGUUAUCGAUGGACGUCAGUUCAUCUGAUGAGGAACCCGCCUCUAGCAUUGGCGCCAAUCCGCACAGGGCAUGUACACGACUCUUCGUUCUUGAAAUUUUUAUUGACUGACCUGUUCCUGUUAGUCCAUUCUUGAUCAAUUCCCCUCCAUUUGGUAUCGUACUCCGUUAUACCCAGAGGAUAGCUUGUUGAUUUUGCUUCAUAGCGUUUCGUACUAUCUUUUGCCCUCAAAAUGUCCCAGAGGGGGAUUGUCGAUUUUCUCACAGCUAUGCACUCCUGGCCACGCAGCUAAAACAGCUAAGGGCAGAGGUAAUCAAAAUUACAUGCCCCAACUCCAGAAAUGGCAAAUAUUGCAAUGAAUUUCCGGAAUGCCCCUUCUUCCAUCAUGAUAAGUUAAG